AUGAACGAUGGAGUUCGCGUUGAUCUUAGAAAACUUAAAUCAGUAUUUGAUGUAGGACUUUUUUUAUUUCGAAGAUGCAUUCUUGGGGAGUUUUUCACGAGGAAACCUCUCUUUCAAGGAAACAAUGAAACAAUGCAAUUGGAUUUGAUUUCCAAGGUAUGUGGUACUCCCAGCCCAGCUAACUGGCCGGAUGUGGAAAAGAUGCCUCUUUACAGUACAUUGCGAAGCAAAAGGCAGUAUGUGAGGUGUCUUCGCGAGGAAUUUUCCCAAAUAAUGCCGUCUGGAGCGAUUGAUUUAAUGGAUAAAAUGCUUCUACUUGACCCCAAGCGUCGAAUUUCCGCUAAAGAUGCAAUAAGCCAUUACUGGAUCAAAAAUUUCGAUUAUGCUACCGUUCCGCCUUUAAGACUACCACAGCAUCAGGACUGCCACGAGUUGUGGAGCAAGAGGCAACGAAAAGAGCGCCGCUCAAUCAAUCCUAAUCCCAAAACGAUGACGCUCUCGUCUGAAGGACAAGAAUUUGAAGCUUCCAGUCAUUUAUCUGCGGCUGGAACU